AUGGCGGUCAACGUGGUGAUCAUCGGCGCCUCAGUGGUAGGCCUUAAUGUCGCCCACUCGGUCCUCCGCGACGUACCCGAGGCCAAAGUCACUCUGAUCAACCCGUCCCCUACCUUCUACUUCAACAUCGCCGCGCCGCGCAUUGUCGCCAAGCCGCAAGCCUUCCGUCCAGACCAAUACCUGCUCCCGAUUCCGGACGCGUUCGCCAAAUACCAGGAGAACAAGUUCGAGUUUAUCGCUGGCACUGCGACUGCCAUUGACGUGAACAAUAAGACCGUGUCCGUAACCCCCAAUGGCAAAGACGACGCCCAGCCGGUCUCCUACGACUAUCUCGUGAUCGCAUCCGGAAGCACCAGCGCUGCCACCACUGGGUCCAUCACCGGCUCACCCAUUCCGUUCAAUCAAUCGAAGCAAGACGAUAUGAAACAAUUGGUCGAGGCGGCUCAGCAGCAGAUCAAGGAUGCCCGGGAGAUCGUCAUUGGCGGUGCGGGGCCUAUUGGAGUUGAGCUGGCAGGCGAGCUUGCUGAGGUGGUGCAGCAGAGCGGCAAUCCGGUAUCCAUCACUCUUGUUUCAGCAACGGAUCGAAUUCUUCCCAUGCUCAAGCCCACGGGCAGCUCUGCCGCUCAGCAGAUCCUCCAACAGAACAAGGUCAAAAUCCUUGUUUCAACCCGGGUGACUGGUGUAGAGGCCUCCACCGACAAAGCAUCCAAGGCCUGGACGGUCUCGCUGGACAACGGGGACACGCUCUCGGCCGAUGUGUAUAUCCCCACGACCGGAGCCACCCCGAACAACAGCUUUAUCCCUGCACAAUUCCUUGAUGAGAAUGGCUGGGUCAAGGUAGACUCGGAGCUGCAUGUCUUGUCAGAGAACUCAUCGCUGCCAAUCUAUGCUGCUGGUGACAUCACAAAUAGUUCAAUGCGCCUGGCUAUCAAAGCAGCCGAGCAAGCACCAGUGGUUGCUGCUAACCUCAAGAAUGAUAUCCUUGGCAAAGGGUGUCGAAGAACCUACAACCAAGGUGACAGCCUUCUGAUGGUGGUGCCGGUGGGUGAGGCCGGUGGGACAGGACUGCUUUACGGCAUGACACCAUUCAAUUUCAUGGUGAAGAUGGUCAAGAGCCGGGACUUUUUCAUCACCAAGGCAGGUGAUAUGGUGGCUGGCAAGUUCUAA